AUGUCUUCGCCAGAAAAUCAUAAGCCACCUGUCAAACGGAAUAGUUCCUCGAAAUUGUCCAAAUGUUCUAACGAAGCGUUAACAGGAAGCGAAGAAAAUAAAACGAAAAAAGAGAGAAAUACACGAGAUAUCGAGGCCAUUUCCCAGGUAAAUCUAUUUUCCGUAAAACAUGAUUUAUCUUUGUUGCGUAACGUUACCAAUCUCAAUAAUCCGUAACUUUUUAUGACGACAUUAGUUGCAUAAUACAAAUGAAAACACGUACGGAUCAUAUCGUCAGUUUCGCACAUGCAUAAUAUCGGAUAGGAGUGGGGUUGACUAAUUAGGGUCAACAUCAAAGAAAAAUAUGUUGAUACGUGAAACACGACGGUGAGUGUCAAAACGAGUGCAUAUACUAACGAAUGUAUAGUGGCUAUAUAGGGGCACCCAAUGGAAAAGGUCGAAAACUGCCUGUUUCAAGUAACGUAGCAUUUAUUUAACGUAAUAUAUCGUAAUUCGCAAGUACUGCGACUGAUGAACCCAUUCAAGUUGUUUUACAAUACUUAUCUAAUUUUGUUUGUAUAGAUAAACUCAAUAAGCCCAACAUUAGAUUCGACUAAUGUACAUGAGACUUCAGUCCAACAUGUUACAAAUACAACUGAAGAACAUGAAUCAUUUCGAGACACUGCCUCAACAAAUGAGUCAUCUGAUACAUUCGACAAAUGGGUAAUGUGACAAUAUUACGAACUUUUUUUAAACGUGUUAACUACUCGUGUUAACGUGUUGCUCGUGUUAACGUGUUGAUUUUACUUUUUAUGUAUAGCUCGCCUCAAGAAACCUAAUAUUAGAUAUACAAACAGCUGAAGAAAAGGUAAUCCAAAAUAAGGAAUUCGACUUUAGGGUGAUCUUAUGCCCUGAAUAUUACAUGCACGGAUUCAAGUUUUCUAUAUAG